UUAUUUUUCAUUAUAGCUUUUUUUCUAAAUAAGUUUAUUAUAUUGUAUAUUUACGUUACUUAUAAAUUAUAUUGAAACAUGUAGCACAUUAGAUGGGUUAUGUGAUAUUAAUAAAACAAAAUCUCUUACACUCCUGAUUAUAAUUUAUGAAUUGAUCAAACGCACAUUACUUACGAAUUAUUAAUAUAACUAUUAUACAAAUGAUUUAUAUAAUUAGUUUAUUUUUGACAGAAAAUUAAGUAUCUAUAGUUAUGUGAAUGGCUCAGGAUAAUAGUCGAACUCCUAUUUCUGAGUUUUUCCUCGAGAAAGAAAGAAAAUAUUAUUAAUAACAUUGUAAUAUUAAUAGUUAAUAAAUCCAAGAACAUUUCACAGAAACUUUUUUCUCUGGAACUUAGAAAUAAAAGUUAUACCCAACUUCGACUUAAUAACAGUUUUGGUUUACACCUACUAUUUAGUAAAAAUGCCCAUUGAUCAAAAACGUCUUAAUGGCCCAGAAGUAUCGUUUCCUUAUCAUAUUUACUCUAAUAUUAACGACAAGGGUGAUAAAGUAAAGUAUGAUUUAAGUAAAAGAAAUGACAAACGUACCAACAGUGAAAUAAGAAAAAUUUUUUUAAAAACAGGUGUAAUUAGUCAAGCUAAAGGUUCUGCAUAUAUAGAAAUGGGAAACACAAAAGUAGUUUGCUCAGUAUUCGAUCCCAGAGAAGUACCAAAUAAGAGUGGCUAUUGUGUUCAAGGAGAAAUCUAUUGUGAAUUUAAAUUUGCCUCUUUUUCAUGCGAGAAGCGCAGAAUUCAUCAACAAAAUGCAGAAGAAAAACAAUAUAGUUUGAUUUUACAGAAAGCAUUAGAACCAGCGGUUUGUUUGCACGAGUUUCCUAAUUUUCAAGUAGAUGUAUACGCCAUGGUCCUAGAUAAUGCUGGAUCUUCAUUGGCUGCAGCGAUCAUGGCAGCUAGUGUUGCCUUAGCUAAUGCAGGUGUUCCUAUGUUUGGUUUGGUUACAGCUUCCACCAUUGGCAUUUACGGUAACAACUUCUUAGUGGAUCCUACAGAUACAGAAGAGGCAAUAUGUAACACACAACCAGAUCACGAAAAUAAUUUUAAUCAUGGGAUACUAACGCUUGCUAGUCUUCCCCAACAUGGUCAAAUCUCAGAGGUGUUCCUACUUGGCAGUAUUGAUACAAAUUCGAUUGUGCGCGCAACAGAUACUUUAACGACAGUUAAUAAAGAUAUAUGCCCUGUGCUUCAACAGUGUUUAGUUAAAACAAUUAUGAAAUUACACAAUUAAGUAACUAAAAUAAUAAAUAUUUUAAUUAAUGAACAAUUUUUUAAUGCAAUUAA